CGAUGCGUAGUAUAUAGUAGCGAGACACGUUGAGUUUCGGGUCCAGUGCCGUGGAGGAGAGUCUCAGAGAAAGAUGACGGGUGACGAGGUGAACUUAGCGUCUCGGCAUCAGAUCUUGUUGCCUAUAUCCGUCGAGUACACUGAAGAACCGGAAGAGCACGUGGAUAAUCAGAGUACUACCAGCGAAAGUAUGGCGGAAGACGAUCAUUUGUGUACGGCCGCCGUGGUUAUUGUAGUUGACGAUCCCGUUUCCCAUGUGACGACAGUCGAACCACCACCUCUCAUUCAGACGAAGGCGGCGACCCUUUUGGACGAAUUGUUUUAUCUCUUGUCCAUGGAUGGCGAAGCACUCUUCUACGACUCUGUCCAUUCUUCUUCUUCUUCUUCCAAUUGAACGGCACAAUUUCAAAAAUUCUAUUAGUCCGUUUUCUGACGGCUAUUGUUUCUUUUUGUUCGUUUUGGUCGCUUCUAUUUAUUACACGCCCCGGUUGUUCUUCUUU